GACGAACUAUCCAUAUCCAGAGAAGCCUCUUGACAAAAAUAAAAACUAAACCAAACUAAAGUGCCUGACGAUGAUGAUGACUCCAACAGCCGCCCCACAGUUCUAGGAAUUUGUUUUCUAUACAAACUUAAAAACAAAGUUUUCAACUCAGUCGUUUCAAAGAGUCACGUUGGAUUGGUCGCGUUGUUAAAACUAUCUCCAAAUUCUAAAAGUGUUUUAAAUUUAUAGAAAAAAUUAAUAUUGUGAAAUAUAUUAAAAUUGUUGAUUUUCUUAAAUUUAUAAUUAAAUUUAAGAAUUAUUUAAAUAUUAUGGAAAAUUGUUAAAAUAAAAGUGUUAAGAAAAAAUUUAAUUAAAUUAAAUUAGAAAGACUCGAGGAUAACAUUUUUCGAAAACGAGAAUUUCCUUCAAAAUUUGUAUUGAAACUAUGCGAUGCCACCAACUUCAUCAGUAGAAACUGACCCUCUUAACUUAACCAAAGUAGUCCGUCCACAAACUAUAACAAACAACAACGACAUGUGCCUUUCAACGCCUUCAGAAUCUACUACCCCAACUGUUUGCCCAAGUCAAACAUCAUCAUCGUCACCAUCAUCUUCUUCACCAGCCACAUGCAACAAUUUAGUCGAAACUUCAUCGAACAAAUGUACCAAUAGUCCUCGUAACUCAUGUGAUAAUCUUCGACAUAGAAAACACUCAUCGUCAGGAACAGGGAGUCUUCAAAUUACGAACAACAACAACAAUAAUAAAGCCUUAGAAGCUCAAGAUGCUCGAGAUGCUGAUAAAAUAAACCAAAGUGAUUUAGAUUUAAGUGAAGAUGAAAAGAAUGAAGCCUACAAAGAACGUGCUGAGAAAACGGCAAUCAAACCGAAUGAUGACGCUAGUGUAGUUUAUAGGCCACGAUUGAGGUGGCCAGAUUUGACAGCACAAGUUUUCUUACAUAUUGGAGCCUUGUAUGGACUGUACCUGCUAUGUUAUGCUAAAUUUUUAACACUUGUUUGGGCACUUUUGACAAUUUGGUGUUCUGGAGUGGGAAUCACCGCUGGAGUACAUCGUCUGUGGUCGCACAAGUCCUAUACGGCAGCACUGCCUUUGCGAUUGCUUCUUAUAUUUCUCUUUACCGUCUCUGGACAGCGUGAUGCAUACACUUGGGCGCUAGAUCAUAGGAUACAUCAUAAAUUCUCAGAAACGGACGCCGAUCCUCAUGAUGCCAGGCGUGGAUUCUUCUUCGCUCAUGUCGGAUGGUUAUUCUUGACACCUCAUCCGAAGGUUGAGGAGAAACGCAAAGUGAUCGAUAUGUCAGACUUGGAGAACGAUGGCGUGGUGAUGUUCCAGCGAAAGUGGUACAUUCCACUGUUUGCCUUGAUUUCCAUUGGAAUUCCAGUUCUGGUGCCAUGCUAUUUCUGGAAUGAAGAUCUUUGGAUGUCCUUCUGGAUUAAUUUCAAUAUGAGAUUCUGUGCAACACUGAACAUUGCCUUCUUUGUGAAUAGUGUGGCACAUAUGUGGGGCCGGAAGCCUUAUGAUAAGAACAUAAGCCCAGUGGAAAGUCCAUUCGUGUCUUUUAUUGCCAUGGGUGAGGGUUGGCAUAACUACCAUCAUGUUUUCCCCUGGGAUUAUAAGACCAGUGAAUUAGGCAGUUACACUCUCAAUGUUACUACUGGUUUCCUCGAUUUCUGCGCCAAGUUAGGCUGGGUAACUGGACGCAAAUCAGUAUCUCCGGAUAUGAUUGCUCGACGGGCUGCCAAAUGUGGUGAUGGCUCACAUUUUUUAAACGAUGCUUUUGCUCAUAAGGACCAAGUUUGGGGUUAUGGGGAUAAAGAUGUCUUGAAAGAGGAUGCUGCAGAAUUGGCAACUAUGAUUGACUAAAAGAAGACUUUUUUGGUAGUAGAAUAAUCAGCUACUAACAAACACAUACACAAAACUAUAUAUAUAUUAACUAUAACUAAAAAUGAGGCUUUUACGUAUUAUGUUAUAAAUAAAAAAGUAUUUCUUUAAUGUUUUAAGUGUGCUUUUGGUGCUUUUAUAUACAAAAAAUAAACUAAAAAAGUAAAGAACAUUUAAUUUAAAAUAAAGUGUAUUAUAUGAAUUUGCAACUUUUAAAAAAAUAUAAAGACCAAUGUAAUUGACAUUCAGAUCUGUUCAAA